AUUUCCGGAUGUUUAGUGUUGAGUGGCAAGAAUGGCUGCGAUGUUUACGUGGUGUUUAAGCUGCUGCGGAGAUGGCGGACCCGGGCAUAUCCCCCUUAAAGAAAUGCCCACCGUUCAGUUAGAUACGCACCAUAUGGGCACAGACGUUGUUAUUGUGAAGAGCGGGCGGAGGAUAUGUGGCACCGGAGGCUGCCUGGCCACCGCUCCUCUGCACCAGAACAAAAGUUAUUUUGAGUUUAAGAUCCAGUCCACUGGUGUGUGGGGAAUUGGUGUGGCCACGCAGAAAGUGAAUCUUAAUCAAGUGCCUAUGGGCAGAGACACAAACAGCCUGGUCCUCAGGCAUGAUGGGUCUGUGUACCACAAUAAUGAAGAGAAGAAUCGCCUACCUGCAAACAACCUGCCUCAGGAGGGCGACGUUGUGGGCAUCACAUAUGACCACGUGGAGCUGAAUUUAUAUCUGAAUGGAAAGAACAUGCAUUGUCCUGCCUCAGGGAUCCGAGGCACUGUAUACCCUGUUGUAUAUGUGGAUGACAGUGCCAUCCUAGACUGCCAGUUUAGUGACUUCUACCACACACCUCCACAAGGAUUUGAGAAGAUUCUCUUUGAACAACAAAUCUUCUGAAGGAGCACUUCAGCCUCAGCCCCUCUUGUUGUCGUCCUCCCCUAUCUAUCAUAGCAACCCCUGUGACACUACAGUUUGACCUUGAUGGGAUAAUGUCAUUAUGUGUGACUAGAAUGCCUCUUGUUUUGUUUCCCCUGAUUGCUCUGUCUCUUUACUGCUGCUCUGGAUUGACGCUGGAAUAUCCUUGAAGGAAUGGGGAUUUCUAAUCAUUGGUCGACAUUGAUGGGGUGGUGGAGCUGCGGCGAUAGAAAAUUGUCAAAUCAUUAUCUUGUGUCUCUGGUAAUUACCUUGUAUUAAAGGACCAGUUUGUAGUAUUUCAGCGGCAUCUAGCGUUGAGGUUGCAGAUUGCAACCAACUGAAUCCCGUUACGCUAGAUGGCACUGAACUCUACAUACUGCACCUUUAAAUAAAACACUUUGAGCCACUGCUUACAGUUUCUGUGUAUAGAUGACAGUGGAUGUAAUGGUAAAAUGUUCCAAUUCUUCAGGAUCAGAAGCCAUGUUUAUUAACAUUUCUUCAUAUUUCUGUUUUUGAAUAUGUAAACAGCAAACUGACAUUCAGCAAUCGCCCCAUAUAUUUAUUUGUAUUUAUUUGAAAAUGAAAAUGUCUCUUUGACAUGAUACAACAUGUCAUUUGUUUGGCUUACAACACUCUGUGGCUCAAAGAAGGGUCAGCCGUCAACACUGAACUCCCAUUCACUUUUAUGCCGCCUUCUUUAAAUGGCAAUACAACUAAAAGUGGGGAUAUUGCAACACUAUUCCCCCCCACUUAUAUUCUCAUCACUGCUUAUAUUAUGAGUUCAUGCAGAACUGGUUUAAAAAUGCUAUCACUAGUAAACAAGUGCACAUUCCAGGGGACAGCAAAGGCAGGGGUUUCACUGAGGUAUGCUGAGAUGACAGUGCUGAAAAAUGUUUUACAGAGAGAAAUAUUUCUUAAAUGGCUGACACUAAUAUGUAUGAAGAUCAAAUUCCUUUAUCACUUAUAUGAACUGCGCUGAAGUUUCCCAACACUUAUAUUGUCUUAUAAACUUUUAUUGUGGAUUGAUUCCAAAUAUCAGUAAAUUCCCAGAAGAGCUGGUGCUGUCUGUCUCUGAUUAGAGAUGUCACAUUGGUAAUGAUGUCAGUCUGUUGUGUUGUAUUGGCAUUGCAUAUCCGCUACUGAAGUGUGACAGUUAAAUAUUUCAAAUGCUUGUCUUUGUUUGCACUAAUGAGCAAAUCCCAGAUACUGUUGAUUCAUUAAAGUUACGUGUCUGGAGGCAUCAUUUUUCCCCU